AAAUCCUGAUUAAACAACUAAUUGGCUUGUCUACUAAAGAAAAAGAAAAGGAAAACAAAGUACAUUUCUCUACCUUAAGGCACAGUCAUAAAUACAGAGGGUUUUCAGAACUACCUCAGAGAAGAUGUUUAAAUCGCUGACAAAAGUCAACAAGGUAAAGCCUAUAGGAGAGAACAAUGAGAAUGAACAAAGUUCUCAUCAGAAUGAACAAGACUUUCAUCCAAGUAAUCAGUCUCAGCAAACCACAGCACAGGAACAAAACAAAGGUGAAGAGAAAUCUCUCAAAACCAACUCGACUCCAGUCAUGUCUGAAGAGCCACACGCCAACAUACAAGACAAACUCUCCAAGAAAAAUUCCUCUGGAGAUCUGACCACAAACCCUGAUCCUCAAACUGCAGCAGAACCAACCGGAACAGUGCCAGAGCAGAAGGAGAUGGACCCCGAGAAAGAAGGUCCAAACAGCCCACAAAACAAAUCGCCUGCAGCUCCUGUUAUAAAUGAGUAUGCUGAUGCCCAGCUACACAACCUGGUGAAAAGAAUGCGUCAAAGAACAGCCCUCUACAAGAAAAAGUUGGUAGAGGGAGAUCUCUCCUCACCCGAAGCCAGCCCACAAACUGCAAAGCCCACGGCUGUACCACCAGUAAAAGAAAGCGAUGAUAAGCCAACAGAAGAACAUUACUACAGGCUGUUGUGUUUCAAAGUCAAGAAGAUGCCUUUAACAGAGUACUUAAAGCGACUUAAACUUCCAAGCAGCAUAGAUUCAUACACAGAUCGACUCUAUCUCCUGUGGCUCUUGAUUGUCAGCCUUGCCUAUAACUGGAACUGCUGGUUUAUACCACUGCGCCUCGUCUUCCCAUAUCAAACCCCAGACAACAUACACUACUGGCUUAUUGUGGACAUCAUAUGUGAUAUCAUCUACCUUUAUGAUAUGCUAUUUAUCCAGCCCAGACUCCAGUUUAUAAGAGGAGGAGACAUAAUAGUGGAUCCAAAUGAGCUAAGGAAAAACUACAGGACUUCUACAAAAUUUCAGUUGGAUGUCGCAUCAAUAAUACCAUUUGAUGUUUGCUACCUCUUCUUCGGGUUUAAUCCAAUAUUUAGAGCAAACAGGAUGUUAAAGUAUACUUCAUUUUUUGAAUUUAAUCAUCACCUGGAGUCUAUAAUGGACAAAGCAUAUAUUUACAGAGUUAUUCGAACAACCGGAUACUUGCUGUUUAUUCUGCACAUUAAUGCCUGUGUUUAUUACUGGGCUUCAAACUAUGAAGGAAUUGGCACUACUAGAUGGGUGUAUGAUGGGGAAGGAAACAAGUAUCUGAGAUGUUAUUAUUGGGCAGUUCGAACUUUAAUUACCAUUGGUGGCCUUCCAGAACCACAAACUUUAUUUGAAAUUGUUUUUCAACUCUUGAAUUUUUUUUCUGGGGUUUUUGUGUUCAGCAGUUUAAUUGGUCAGAUGAGAGAUGUGAUUGGGGCAGCUACAGCCAAUCAGAACUACUUCCGCGCCUGCAUGGAUGAUACCAUUGCCUACAUGAACAAUUACUCCAUUCCUAAACUUGUGCAAAAGCGAGUGCGCACUUGGUAUGAAUAUACAUGGGACUCUCAGCGAAUGUUAGAUGAGUCCGAUUUGCUUAAGACCCUGCCAACUACGGUCCAGUUAGCCCUCGCCAUUGAUGUGAACUUCAGCAUCAUCAGCAAAGUCGACUUGUUCAAGGGUUGUGAUACACAGAUGAUUUAUGACAUGUUGCUAAGAUUGAAAUCCAUUCUCUAUUUGCCUGGUGACUUUGUCUGCAAAAAGGGAGAAAUUGGCAAGGAAAUGUAUAUCAUCAAGCAUGGAGAAGUCCAAGUUCUCGGAGGCCCUGAUGGUACUAAAGUUCUGGUUACUCUGAAAGCUGGGUCAGUGUUUGGAGAAAUCAGCCUUCUAGCAGCAGGAGGAGGAAACCGUCGAACUGCCAAUGUGGUGGCCCAUGGGUUUGCCAAUCUUUUAACUCUAGACAAAAAGACCCUUCAAGAAAUUCUAGUGCAUUAUCCAGAUUCUGAAAGGAUCCUCAUGAAGAAAGCCAGAGUGCUUUUAAAGCAGAAGGCUAAGACUGCAGAAGCAACCCCUCCAAGAAAAGAUCUUGCCUUCCUCUUCCCACCAAAAGAAGAGACACCCAAACUGUUUAAAACUCUCCUAGGAGGCAAAGGAAAAGCGAGUCUUGCAAGACUACUCAAAUUGAAACAAGAACAAGCAGCUCAGAAAAAAGAAAAUUCUGAAGGAGAGGAAGAAGGAAAAGAAAAUGAAGAUAAACAAAAAGAAAACGAAGAUAAAGGAAAAGAAAAUGAAGAUAAACAAAAAGAAAAUGAAGAUAAAGAUAAAGGAAGAGAGCCAGAAGAGAAGCCACUGGACAGACCUGAAUGUACAGCAAGUCCUAUUGCAGUGGAGGAAGAGACCCAGUCAGUUAGGACAGUUUUACCCAGAGGAACUUCCCGUCAAUCACUCAUCAUCAGCAUGGCUCCUUCUGCUGAGGGUGGAGAAGAGGUUCUUACUAUUGAAGUCAAAGAAAAGGCUAAGCAAUAAAUGUUUGAUUAUCUUUAGAUGUGAUAUAGCUAGUUCCCAAAGAGAUUGUACCUAGGAUUGUAACUUAAAUUAAUGAGGGGAAAUGACCUGCUGGGACCCUUGAGAAAUGAAAGGCAAAUCCCUAGCUUAGUUUCUAGGACUUAUCUGAGAGUGUGAUUUCAUGCAGUGGUAAUAAGAAGAUUAUUAAAAGCCAUCCCUAUUC